GGCUCCCUUGCGUCCUCUGCCGGCGGACAGUGGCACAACCCAGCUUUCUGGUUGCUAUGGGUACCGAGGUAACGCGGUAACCAAGGAGACCAAGAGGGAAACUCCCGGCAGCUUCUGCAGCCAGCAGUCGGCGGUGACGCGAGGCUGGGGUCUCCAGCCUUUAAUCUGCCUGCGCGUUUCACAUGCACCCGCUUCGUUCUUGAAGUCUACUCCUCCCAAGUAAAGGCUAUGGGUGCGGGGUGCCUGAUUCCUGAGAAAUCUGAAGAUGGAGUCUCGCUCUGUUACCCAGGCUGAGUGCAGUGGCAUGAUCUCAGCUCACUGCAACCUCCACCUCCUGGGUUCAAGCUAUUUUCUUGCCUCAGCCUCCCAAGUAGCUGGGAUUAUAAGUAAGUGUUCACGAAUCAGAAUAACUUUUAGACGAUAUUAAGUUGUUAAUCAUGAACACAAAAGAUUUUGUAGUUCUUCCGUGGGGAAAACCUGGAAAUUCUGUAAAGCUAAAAUAUAGAAAUGCUCACGAACUGCGAAUGGAGAAAGUACGGUUAGAGUCGGAGAACCAAGAGAUGGAGAAGAAACUGCAAGAAUUCCGAUCCAUAGGAAGCAGAGAAAAGGAAGAAAGAGAGUCAAGUGGAUAUUACUGGAAAUCUGGAAAAGUGGGCAAAUUGGGUAAUCGAUCAUACAUGAUGCCAGGAAAUAAAGGAAAUGUUAUUAAGUUUUCUGCUGGAAAAGUGAAAUUAAAAUUACUGAAGGAACAGAUUCAAGAGCCAGUGAAACCAAGAGUUAAUUAUCAAAUGGCAAAUUCUUCUGAAUGUGAAAAACCCAAGAUAAAAGGGAAAGUUUGUGGGCAGUGUGAGAACAAAGCUGCUUUACUAGUAUGCCUUGAAUGUGGAGAAGAUUAUUGUUCAGGAUGCUUUGCUAAAAUUCACCAGAAAGGGGCACUAAAGCUCCACAGAACAACUCUUUUGCAGGCAAAAUCUCAAAUAUUAUUCAGUGUAUUAGAUGUUGCCCAUCAGUUUAUAAAGCAUGGUAAUCCAGAAGAACCCAAAGAGGAGAAUAAUUCUACAAAGAAAACCAGUAAAAGUCAGCAUAAACCCAAAUCUCUACUUCUGCAGAGGAGCAGCCCUGAGGCAGAAAUUACAACAACAAAAAGAGCAGAAUGUACAAAACCAAGAGACAGUCUGUUGUGUGAAGGGUCAUUCGAUGAAGAAGCUUCUGCACAGUCCUUUCAAGAUGUGUUAAGUCAAUGGAGAACUGGAAAUCAUGAUGACAAGAAACAGAAUUUGCGUGCAGAAAAAGACCCAUCGGAAGAAUGUGAAGUACAAACUAAUCUGAAAAUUUGGAGAGAACCACUUAAUAUUGAACUUAAAGAAGAUGUUCUAUCCUAUAUGGAAAAAUUAUGGCUUAAAAAACACAGGAGAACUCUGCAAGAACGACUUUUUAAUAUGCUACCAGAUACAUUCCUACAACCAUGUGAAACCACUGGUGAUGUACAGUGUUCUCAAAAUGAAAACAAUGAAGAUAGUGAUGGUGAGGAGCCCAAAGUACAACACUCAGCUCUUUUACUGCCAAUAGAAACAUUAAACAGAGAGAGACCUGAACCAUCUCUAAAGAUAGUUGAACUGGAUGAUACUUAUGAAGAGGAAUGUGAAGAACCAGAAAAUAGUGUGCCUUACAAAGUGGAAUUAGCUGAUGCAGACAGUCAACACAGUUGUGCUUUUCAUGAUUAUCAGAAGAAUAGCUUUCCAUAUGAAAAUCACAUCCAUGAACAUCAUGUUUUCAAUAAGGGGAAGAGAGACUUCUUAAGUCUUUGUCUGAGAAACAGCUCUACUUAUUAUAAAGAUAAUUCAAAAGCAGAAACCUCAAACACAGAUUUUGACAACAUUGUGGAUCCUGAUGUGUAUUCUCCUGACAUUGAAAAAAUUGAGGAAAGCACCUUCUUCAAAAGAAGUUUAAAAGAGAAAAGUAUAGGUUUAGAAAGUAAUCAAAAGUCUUAUGAAUCCUGCAUGUCAUAUGAGAGCAAAGAUACUUUGCCAAGUAUAGGUUUAGAAAAACUUCCCAUUGAGGAGAAAUUAUCUCAAGACACCAAAGAAUCCUUGGAAUUCAGCAAUCUGCAUAAGAGGCCAAGCUUUGAAGAUUCUAAAACUGCAAAGUCAUCACUGUUGUUACAAGAAAUAGCCUGUAAAAGUAAGCCUAUAACAACGCAUUAUCAAGGACUUGAGAGAUUCUUUAUUUUUGAUACAAAUGAAAGACUCAACUUACUUCCUUCUCAACGUUUAGAAUGCGACUAUUCCAGUACUAGGAUUCCACUUGCAGAAGACAGAGAAUGGAUUCCAGACCAUAGUUUAAGUGAACAUGCUGAUAAUUCAGUUGUCUUCGGUGUUCUGCAGGGUGCUCAGAAUCCAUCAUCAAGUAGAAAACAGCCAAAGAUGGGUAAGAAAUCACGGAGACCUUCAACAGCAAAGUUUCCACUUUCUAACUCUGUUAAAGAAAACUCCAGCUGCCUUUCAUCCUCGCGUCCUCGAUCCACAAGUGCAGCUUCUCAAUCUUUAUCUAGAUCUGCUUCUGAAAUUUCAGAAAUUGAACGUAUUGAUAUUACUGACCAGAAUGAGCUUUUCUUAGAUGAUAUUGCUGAUCAAUAUACCUUAGACAGUUUGGAAAAAGAAUUACAAGUGCUGAGAUCUCUUGCAGAUACUUCAGAAAAGCUUUACAGCUUACCCUCAGAAGAGUUACCAGCCUUCAGCAGCCAAUCACUUAAUGUAAGUCUGACUUCCACAGAUUUCCUUAAGACCUCACAUGUGAGGGGGCCCUGUGGAGUUGAGGAAUUGAGCUCUUCUGGAAGAGAUACCAAAAUUCAAUCUUUGCUGUCACUUUCUGAGAGCAGUACAGAUGAUGAGGAGGAAGAUUUUCUCAACAAACAACAUGUCAUCACACUACCAUCGUCAAAGAGUACUUAAUGAUUAUUUGUUCAUUACCUUUUCCAUUUUGUACCCACAGUGAACAAACAACUGAGAAAAGUAACCAAGUGAUUACUGUCCAAAUGCUGGAGAUUUUGAUUAUUAAUGUCUUUGAUGUUUCAAGGCGGCAAACUAAUAAAAGUAAAAUUAUAAGUUUAAGGGCUUAUUUUCUCAAUGAUAUAUUGUAUGUCAAACACUAAUCUAUAUUGCAGAUUAUAUUAGUGAAAUAUGGUGAAUUUGAAGAAAUAACUGUUAUAACUAUCUAUAAAACCUACCAUAGGAUAAAACGUGAUUAUAUUUAAAGUAAUAUUUAAUUGUUCAAUUAUAUUUUAGAUAGUUAUGUCAUCAACAAGAGUUGCUGCAUUUGACAGCCAAGUCACAUAAAUCGAUAUCAUCAAUGGAACCAAUAAUUACCCUGUUUGUUUUCUGGUUUUUAAUAUUUAUAGAAGUUCUGGUAUCUUCAAAAGUUUGCAAUGGAAGAAAAAAAGAGGACCAAAAAUCAAAUGGAUGUAAAACCUUUCAUACUCUGCUUUAGCAAAGCACACUAAAGACCCCCAAGCAUCUUUUUAAAAAAGGUCAAUGUAGUGAUUAGUUUUAUGUGAAAACAUGACUGGCCUACAGUACCCAAAUGAUACGGGUUGGCUGUGUUCCCCAUCGAAAUUUCAUCUUGGAUUGUAGCUCCCAUAAUCUCUAGGUGUCCUGGCAGGGACCUAGUAGGAGAUAGUGAUUAAAUCAUAGGGACACUUAACCCUAUGCUGCUUUUCUUGUGAUAGUGAGUUCUCAUAUGAUCUGAUGGUUUUAUAAAGGGCUUUCUCUGCUUUUGCUCAGCACUUCUCUUUGCUGCUGCCAUGUAAAGAAGAAUGUGUUUGCUUCCCCUUUUGCCAUGAUUUCCUGAUUCCUCCCCAGCCAUACUGAACUAUGAGUCAAUUAAACCUCUUUCCUUUACAAAUUA